AUGAAGACAACUGAUAUAACUCUUUUAUCAAGUGUAGCACUUGAUGAGCCUUUGUCAUGAUCCUCUUUUAAUAGUUCGUUAUCGUUCCUCUUUUAUUAACAGUAGUACUCGCUGCGAAGAUAUUUCUGAAACAUGGCUAAUAGCGUGAGCGAUACGUCUAAGCCACCAUUCUUCGCAUCCUGUUGCUACACGCGAAGCGGAGUCUUUCUCUUAUGGAGGAAUCACCACUGGUGUCUGUGGUGCUGUUACUGUUUGUACUAGGGAUCUUGUGGUAGAGUAGAACUGGCAUAUUGCAUAGAAGUGGUAGAAGAAGAGGUGGCAUUCUAGGCCACAUAUUCAAUCAAAGUGAAUCACUGGGUACUUGCACAUCAAGCAGAUCCGUUUUAUUUUUAUCUUUUAUCUUCAUACAUUUGCUUGCUGCCUCAGCAGCGACGGCGGAGCUGGUCGGUUUAUCAGUUCUACCGGUUUCUAUUAAGGCUUAUUUUCAUGACUCGUAUUAUUCGCCUUGCUUAAGAGGUAGCUAGAGGCAGCUUUGAUGUGCUCGCAAGGGGAAAACCGUGCAAGACGCACUUGCGUCAUCUUCUUCGGUAGGUUCUCCUCUUGCAGCGUCAUGGUGAGAUCCAAUCUGCUGAAUACCGGCACGCUCUAACGCUAGGAUACGCGUACUUCUUGUAUGGCGUAUUGUUGCUCGUUUUUGUGGGUUAUAGGAAUGCAACGGAUAUCACCGAGGAUUGCGAGGUCUCCGAUGCGUUGGAAGCAAUUAUUAUGGAAGACUAGAAAGAGAUGUUAAGGCAUUUCGCCGAUGGCGUAGUAUGGUCGUUUGGGAUGCAGUAUGAUAGAUGAUGUAGAAUAAGUUAAGGUAGCAUAUUAUGGACGUUCGAGUUCGUAAGGUUAAGGACGCAUAUUGUGGUUGUGCCUAGUAUCUCUGGCCUCGUGCAUUGAAAUUCUGAAGACUGUAACUACAGUGCGAGUGACUCGAAGAGUGGUCAAGGAGUUGGUUUUGUGAUACAGCUUAGUUUUCAAAUAGAAGAAAACAAGACGCCCUUUUGCUUGAUCUAGCGGGGACCUCAGCCGGGAGGCCUUUGGUAUCAUUGUAACUUCAUACUUUUUUUCAACUUGUCAUGAUGUGUCUAAGUUGGAGGACAGAGUAAGUGGCCAAUUUCACUCUUCGUAUUGGACGCGGACCCGGGAAGGGCUUACGCAGUUUUACGAAAAACCAAACUGACUAGGUCGUGGAGAUUGUGCUAUGAUAUCAUGGAUUUUUUUGCUCCUGGUAGUCGUGCUUACCAUCAUCAACUAGCACGCUGGAAGCAUGGAUUCUAGUCCUGGUAGGCGUGCAUAUUUCCAUGAACUCGCACACUGGAAGCAUGGAUUUAGCUCCUGGUAGUCGUACUUACUAGCGUAUUUGAUCGUGUCGUGUCGGCCCGCUUCUUGUAUAUAGUAACUGCAGGAGUUACAUCUGGUUGUGGUACCACAUCAUCGAAGUGUAGGUGAAGUACGCUUUAAUUGUGAUAGUGAUGAUGAUAACGAUGACACGCUCACUCCGUCACAAGUGAGCCCACUCCUAUCCUAUCCUAUGACAAUAAUGAUGACGAUUUUCAUCACCUAUUCUGUGGGAUGUAGGUCUCGAUUUGUAGAAAUCUCUCAUAGUUAUCAUGUCCAGCAUGCCUUAGCUACUCAAGUUUCAAGAUCUACACCAUCUUUUUGCUGGAUCCUCAGGAAUUGAAUUCAUUUAUUAGGCGAUAAAAAACCACUUUUUCGAGAAUUCAACUUCAAAAUUCGAAAUUUGGAGCAAUUUCAUCCACAUUUCCAUCAUUCUGGAGGUUUUCUAGGUUCGUGGUACCUGGAUGUGGAUGAAAUUUGUGGGCCAAAUCCCAAGUAAUCAUCAAGGAGAUCUUCCUCUUGCAUAUCGUUCUUCUUAGACGGAGUUAACUACAAGUACGACUACUAAUACUACUACUAAUAAUUAGGUAACUGCUGCGACAACUGCUAUUUCUGUUGUUUUUUGUUUUGUGUACUAUACUGGUAAGUAGGUCGUAGUUCUAAGAAGCCACUGAAUGGACCGGACAAGCUCUGGCUUGCGACAGCGAUUGGAAUGUCCACCAAGCCUGUCCUGCCGCAGAUUAUCGCUUUCUCCAGGCAGCUGUCACCGGUUUGUGCGUCGCGGUUAUGAAGAUUGGCAUCUUGAGAAGCACAAGUGACAAGCACAAGUGAAGCAGUUGGCUUAGAGGUUUAGGCGUUGGCCUGUUUACUUAUCAGCGGUUCAAAGUUUUUCCUCUUCGACGUGCCCCGAGAUGAACGACGACUGUGCUUCAUUCUUCUACGGAACUUGUUUCAUUCUUCUACCCUACUGCCAAAACGCAUCCUCAUCUUCAUUCCUUUCUGGUUUAAAGUCGUGAGUGCUACGAUGUUGCAGCGUGCUUUCCGUUAUUUUUCUAGGAUGCCUAGGGAGUUGAUAAUGGCUGGCAACGCGCGACGUCGUACCUGGACAGCGUGGAUCUGGGAUGGCUUGUAUGGUUUCCUGGCUAAGCAAGGUCCUUUGCUUCACCGCCUUUUUUCUGCCCUGGAGGUGCUUUUCUUCGCGUUACUAGCAGUGGGUUGGGGUACGAGCAUGUGCAGGGGGGACCUGCGGUACACGCGAGAGUGUCUCGAAGGAGACAUGGGAUGUGCGAUGUAUCGGAUCGCGAAUUUUAAGGCUACAGUGAAUGUUCAUGCAUCCUCGUCUUCAGGAUCUUCUUGAUCCUCCCAGAGCUUCGCGAGCGAACAAAACGGGC